GUGUGUGUGUGUGUGUGUGUGUGUCUCUCUAUCAGCCAUGGACAUCAGGCCUCUCACAGUGUGUUUGGCUGUCUGUGCUGCACUCUUGGCAGUGUGUCAUGGUUGUUCUACAGGAAGGGAGUUCAUCACCACAUUUCUUCCUAAUUACCAGCGUAGUUCUGGGAAACAGCACACACUCCAUUUGGCUUUGACUGCUCAGGACUCUGAUGCCACUAUUACCAUAAAGGUGUCUUCACUGAGAUUCUACAGGAAGCUGAGCCUCUCUGCAGGUCAAAGCCAGUGGGUUUCUCUGCCAUGUGGAUCCGAGCUGCAGAAGCAAUUUGUUAAUGAAAACUCAGCGGUUCAAAUCUCCUCCACUGCUGCGAUCUCUGUGGCCUCCUUCAACCGCCGCUUCGCCUCAGGAGAUGGCGCUGUGGUUUCCCCCACAGAGGAGCUAGGGACUGACUACUUCGUGUUCACACCCUCAGGAGGCAAGUCGUGCAUGGACAAGCUUGUGGCUAUUGUUAAUGGCAAGAGCCAGAAUAGGAUCACCAUCUUACCUGGUGCUGAUGUGUCACUGAGAGGUGGGAACAAGUGGAAGCGUGGGAAGGCGAUGACCAUACAGCUGGCACCAUACGCAUCUUACCUUUUACGAGGUCACACAACUUUGACGGGCACACGGAUCCAAUCCCAGAAGCCUGUAGCGGUGUUAGCAGGCCACCAGUGUCUGUCCAUGGGUAAGCUCUGUGAACACGUGUAUGAGCAGCUGCCCCCGGUCCACAGCCUGGGUAAAGAUUACAUGGUGCCCAUGACCGGCAGCAAGAAGACCACAAACCAGGCAGUGAUAGUCGCUGUUGAAGACAACACUGAGUUGACUCUGCACAAGGACUCAAGAAAACAGAAGCUCGCAAAAGCUGGAGACGUCAUCCUGCAAAAACUGAUCUACAAACGUCCACUGGUUGUCAAGAGCAACAAGAAAGUAAUGGUGCUGCUUCUCAGCGACAACCGUCCACAUGACCCUUUCCUGAUAACGCUGAUCCCUACGUGCAAGCUGUCCACUGAUUGGGCGGUGGAGACAGUGGGGGGGCUUCUGAAUACUGUGUCCAUUCUGUCAGAGAAGGAGGGGGCAGCCAGUGUGAAGGUGUGUUGGUCAGGAAAGUGCAUAUCACCUCGGUGGAGUAGCCUCCUGACGGACAAGCACUGGGUGUGGUCCAAUGUAGAUGUGGGGCGUCAGCAGAGCCAUGUGAGGGUGGAGGGGGACGCACUUAUGGCGGUGUACGCCUAUGGAGGGAAGCACCGCCAUUCAUACGGCAUUGCAGGAGUUUGUUCUGAAGGUAUCACCCCUCCCACACCUCCACCGGACCCUUGUGAAAAGGUGAAAUGUCGAGUAAAGGAACGUUGUGUGAAAGGAGAAUGUGUCCACGUUUCUACAGCAACCUGCCGUGCGGUCGGUGACCCCCACUACCGCACAUUUGAUGGCCGACGCUUUGACUUCCAGGGUACCUGCACAUACAUUAUGACAACAGUUGCAAAGAAGGCGUCUGACCUCAGUGAAUUCACUGUGACGACCAAGAAUGACCACCGAGGUAACCGCCGAGUUUCAUAUGUGAGGACUGUUGGAGUCACCGUUUACGAGCAAACCAUCACCAUCGGCCGACACAGGUCACAAGUGGAGGUCAAUGGAGAGUUACAGUACUUGCCUGUCAGUUUGUUGGGGGGUAAGGUCUCUGUGAAGCAGAGUGGAGCCUAUGCUACCCUCACCACUGACUUUGGCCUGAAUGUCAGAUAUGACUGGAACAUGAGACUGUACAUCACAGUGCCCUCCUCCUACCACCAACACCUGGGGGGCCUCUGUGGAAACUACAAUGGAGACAUGACAGAUGACCUGCCUGAAGCAAAGGACUCCAGUGUCCCUACUGUGCUGAAAAUGAUCCGGAAGUGGAAGGCCGAGGAUUCAGAUCGGUUCUGUGAUGAUAACUGCGCUGGUCGCUGUCCUCAGUGUUCAGAAAAGCAGCAGGCCCACUUCCGUCUGCCCAGACUCUGUGGGGUCCUGACAGAGGCCAAUGGACCUUUUUCAGCCUGCCACAAACAGGUGGACCCCUCUAUGUACCUGGACAACUGUGUCUAUGAUGUCUGUGUCGAUAAAGGUGCAAGACGGGUUCUCUGUGAUAACCUGAAGAGUUAUGGUGAUGCCUGUCUGUCAGAAGGAGUGAAAGUCAACCCUGAGUGGAGAAUGGUUACCAAAUGCUUCCUCUCCUGUCCAAAGGGCAGCCACUAUGAGGCGUGCGGCCCCUCCUGCCCGGCCUCCUGCUCAGAUCCACACAGUGAGAAGCAGUGUAAGGACCCCUGUGUGGAGGGCUGCCAGUGUGAUAAAGGCCUGGUGAUUAGUGGAGACAGAUGUGUUCCUCAGAAAAGAUGUGGAUGCCAACAUAAAGGCAGUUAUUACCCAACAGGCAAAGCUUUCUGGGCUGAUAACAAAUGCACCACAAAGUGUGAAUGCAUCCAAGGGAAAGCCACGUGCAAAUCAGUCACCUGUAAGAAGAAUGAGCUCUGUGCUCUGAAGGAGGGAGUGAGGAACUGCUACCCAGCAUCCUUUGCAACAUGCAAAGGCACCGGAGACCCCCACUACCGAAGCUUUGACCAACGGCGCUUUGAUUUCCAGGGCACUUGUACCUAUGUCCUGUCUCAAAUCAUCAAGGGAUCAGACAAGGAUCUGGAGCGGUUCCAGGUGCUGGUCCAGAACGAGAACCGAGGGCGUAACAAGGCUGUGGCCUACACCAAGUCCGUGUCUCUGACUGUGUUUGAUGACAUCACUGUCAGCAUGAGUCGUGGCAACGCAGGGAAAAUACUGGUCAACAGCCAGCCUGUAAACCUGCCUUACUCCAUGGAGGAUGGCAAGCUUUCCCUGUACCGGCAAGGCUACUUUGGCGUGGUGACAACAUCUUUUGGUUUGACGCUCAGGUUCAACUGGAACAGCUACGUCAGCUUGACUUUGCCCAGCUCAUACUCUUCUGCUACAGGCGGCUUGUGUGGAAAUUACAAUGGCAAACCUGGUGAUGACUUACUGAAACCGGAUGGCACCCUGGCUAACCACAUUAACGUCUUUGGACACAGCUGGAAGGCGGGGGGGGAUGCUGGCUGCACCAGUGACUGUCCUAAUGGGAAAUGUCCGGAGUGUGAGCCUGCGCUGAUCCUACGCUACCAGGACAAGAAAUACUGCGGCAUCAUCGCUGACAAGCAGGGACCGUUUGGAAAGUGUCACAGUAAACUGGACCACACCUCCUUCCUCAAAGAGUGUGUUUUCGAUCUGUGCAUGUACCAAGGCCACGCCUCUGCACUGUGCAACAGCCUAUCAGCUUUCAGCACCACUUGUCAAGAGGCGGGAGCAACAGUGGGGAGCUGGAGAACCCAACAGUUUUGUCCUCCGUCAUGUGGUGCCAACAGUCACUAUGAGCAGUGUGGCCCCCCCUGCCCGCUCACCUGCAGUGGCCUCGCCCCCCCAGAGGGCUGCGACAGGAGCGCCCCCUGCUCAGAAGGCUGUGUGUGUGACAAUGGAUUCAUGCUGAGUGAUGACAAGUGUGUCCCUCUGUCAGAGUGUGGCUGCCAGUACGAGGGACAGUACUAUCUGAGUGGACAGGUGUUCUAUCUAGGAAAGGCAUGCAACACUCGUUGUGUGUGUACAGACGAUGGAGAAGUGCAGUGUGAUCCUAAAUCUGGCUGUUCAGCCAAUGAGAAGUGUGUUGUGAAAGGAGGCUCCUCCUCCUGUGCUCCCAAAGGGGUGGGCUCCUGCUCUGUGAGUGGAGGCAGGGUGGUCAGGUCCUUCGAUGGACAGGCAUAUCCUCUGUGGGGAGACUGUUUGUUCUUGUUGGCACAAGUGGGAGAGAACGAGGGAGGGCUGGAAGCCUUCACUGUGUUAGUACAUCAGCAAACACAUGAGGAUGGUUCUGUCUCUCGCAGUCUGGAGCUCCAGGUUUACGACAUGGAAAUCACUCUGAAGUCAGGGGUCAUCUGGGAGAUCAAGGUUGAUGACAUCAGAGUCUUCCUCCCUGUGGCCCUGGCUGACGGGAAAGUGCGAGCACAUCAAAAUGGCAUCAACAUCAUCAUUGAGAGUGACUUUGGUCUGAGGCUGACCUACGACACGUUGGCAGGGGUGAUCCUACAGCUCCCCUCCACCUAUCACAGCGCUCCAAAGGGUCUCUGUGGGAACUACAACGGGAAGCUGUCUGAUGACCCGUCCUCAGCAGGGGAGACGUCAGCAGACACGGAGGAAUCUCUGGUCAUAGAGAAGGACGAGGAGCCAUGUAAGCCCGGCUGUGGGGCCACUUCCUGUCCUAAGCCCGAUGAGAAUAAGGUCCCAGAUGCCAAAAAGGCCUGUGACAUCAUCAAAUCUAAGAAGGGCCCCUUUUCAGGAUGCCACUCAACAGUGGCCCCGACUCCAGACUACGAGGCUUGUGUCAGGGAGAUGUCGACCGACGGAGCGGGCCAGGCCGUCCUGUGUCGUCACAUCCAGAGCUACGUGACGGCCUGUCAGCUGGCCGGAGCAGAGAUCAGGACCUGGAGGAGUGACAGCUUCUGUCCUGUGAGCUGUGCGGCAGGAAGUCACUACGAGCUGUGCUCCUCCUCCUGCUCCUCCACCUGCUCCUCUCUGCAGAGCUCCGCCCCCUGCCCCCCCUGCCAGGAGGGCUGCCAGUGUGCCGACAGCCUGAUGUCUGACGGCGCCCGCUGUGUCCCCGUGGAGAAGUGUGGCUGCGUGGUGGACGGACAAUAUUACAGGUCAGGGACAUCAGUGUGGCUGGAGGGCUGCUCCGAGCGCUGCGCCUGUGAAGGGGGGCAGUACAGCUGCAAGUCCACCAGCUGCCAGCAGGGGCAGGAGUGUCGCAACAAGGACGGAGCGCUGGGCUGCUUCUCUACAGACCCUUGUGCUGAGGUGAAGUGCAGAGUAAAGGAGCACUGUGUGGUGUCAGAAGGCCAGGGAGCGUGUGUUCCUGAUUCUACAGCCUUGUGUUGGGCUGCCGGCGACCCGCACUACAGCACGUUUGACAAACACCGGUACUCUUUCCAGGGAACCUGCACCUACGUCCUGGUCAACACCACAGGUCUCGACCCCUCCCUGCCAUCGUUCACUGUGAUCAGCAAGAAUGAGCUGCGAGGAAACUCUGAAGGCUCCUUCGUGCGCUCAGCCACUGUGGAGAUGCUGGGCCAUCGGAUCUCCAUCGCCUCCUCUGAGAGAGGGGUCAUACUGGUGGACGGUAUCAGGACGGAGCUUCCUGUCCGUCUGGAGGGAGGCAGCAUCUCCAUAACAGCGUCUGGAAUCAGAGGCACGCUCCAAAGUGAUUUUGGCGUGGAGGUCACGUUUGAUUGGGCCACACUCCUCAUGGUGUCCAUCAGCAGCAGUUACUUUGGUAAUGUGGCCGGGCUCUGUGGAAACUACAACGGCGACCCGGAGGACGAGCUGACGCAGGCGGGGGGGGGGGGCGGCUGCCAAUUUGACGGACUGGGCCUCCACCUGGAGCCUGGAGGACUACGACCCCUUCUGCUACCACUUCUGUGAGGACGUGUGUCCGCAGUGCUCAGACAAGGACCGCGUCAAGUACACGGGCCCAGACUACUGCGGGAUAAUAAGCGACAAGAAGGGCCCCUUCGCUGGUUGUCAUGGCAGCCUGCCGGUAGCAGAGAAUGUGGCAGAUUGUCUGUACGAUGUGUGCACCAAUGAAGGGCGACAGGAAGUGCUGUGUGAGGCCCUGAGCACCUACCUGGCCGAGUGCCAGGAAGCUGGAGCAUCUGUGUUGCCAUGGAGACAACUGGCCAAAUGUU